AUGAAGUCCGCUACCGUUGCCUUCGGCCUUUUCGCCGGCCUAGCUUCCGCGAACUCCUUCCACCCCCGCCACUUCCACGGACCCUACGUGCGACGCAAUGAGACCGCUACCGCUUCUGCCGCUGCUCAGACCACCCUGACCGUCGACAUCACCCAAGUCGUGACCAUCACCUCGUGCGCCCCUACCGUCACCAACUGCCCGGCGCGCGCCACCGGUGUCAACGGCACUGCCGCUGCUACCGCCCCGGCCGUUGUCACUGAGGUUGUUCAUCUGACCACCACCGUCUGCCCCGUCAGCGAGGUUGCUGCCAUCUCCAGCUCCAUGGUGGCUGCCCACAGCAGCGGCCUGCUCCCCGGCUCAACCGAAACUGCCCCCGCUACCUCCGACAGCCCUGUCCAGACUGGCGUCUCCGUCGUCCCCUCGUACAGCACCGGUGAAUCUACCCUCACCAUGACCGUUGGCCCUGAGAGCUCCCGCACCGUGAUCACCACCACCAUGCAAUCCACCUACACUGAGAUGAUCACCGUCACCGCUGUUCCUGUCUCUGCGGGCAGCGACGUCACCACUGGGUCGGGCACCACUACCACCACCAUGACCUCCACUGGCACCCGUACUAUCACCAUUGCUGGGUCCGGAUCUACCACCUCGGUCAGCCCCGCUGGUACCGAAUCCGGUUCCCCCGCUGGCUCAUCUGACUCUCCCUCUGUGUCUGACGCAGCUGUAUCUGAUGCCGCUGUCUCAGGCUCCUCUGGCGCGGACUCCGGCGACUGUGUCGCUACCACCGUCACUGUCACGGAGACUGCUCCUGCCAGCACUGUCUACAUCACUGCCGCUGCACCCACUGCCACUGGCAUCAACGAAGUUGCGUCUUCCACCGCUGUCGCCGCUGAGCCCACUGCCACCGGCGAGGGCGAUGAGAGUGAUGAUGAGGAUGACUGCCCCCCUGAGGAGACUGGCGACGUCACCGUCACCGCCACUGCCUCCGUUGUCCCCUACCCCAGCGGCAACGGCACCGUCUCUGCCCUCCCUGCAGGCACUGGCGCUCCCCUGCGCAAGUACAGCCUCAACUACUAA